GUCACUUUUUAUCUUCGUAUCGUUUCAUUGAAUUUAUUUUGAUCUUUGAUAAUUUUAAAGCUGAGGUUUUGUUUGUAAUCCGUAAAUAUAAAUUAACCGGCGUUAUUAUCAUUUGGUGAUAAAAUCUCAAUAGAAUUGUUGCUUUCUUCAUGCAGUAAAAGGUUGAUAAUAUGCUACCAGGCAUUGGCGUCUUCGGUACAGGCGCUAUAGCUAAAGUCCUGGUCCCAUUUCUUAGAGAAAAAGGGUUCUCAGUUGAAGCGAUAUGGGGAGUCACCCUGCAAGAAGCCGAAACAGCAGCCAAGGAGCUAGAGAUCCCAUUUUUUACCAACAAAAUAGAUGAUGUUCUUCUAAAGAAAAAUGUCAAUCUUGUGUUUAUAGUAUGCGCCCCAAAUUUGCAUGCUCAAAUAUCUGUGAAGGCUCUGGGCAUAGGAAAACAUGUCGUUUGUGAUAAGCCGGCUGGUCUUUGCCAGGCUGAAGCCCUGAAAAUGGUUCGGGCAGCACAGUAUUACCCUACUCUAAUCUCUAUAAUAAAUCAUUCACUUAGAUUCUUGCCAGCAUUUAGUCACAUGAGAAAGAGUAUUCAAGAAGGAUACCUGGGUGAUCCAGAGGAAUUGACUUUGAUAGAUGUGAGAGUACAAAUGGGGCCUUUGUUAGGUGACAGUUACAACUGGUUAUGUGAUGACACAAUGGGAGGAGGUUCUCUAACUUUAGUCGGGAGUCAUGUAAUUGAUUUAGUUACCUUUCUCACAGGCCAAAAAGUUGUCAAAGUCCAUGGUGUAUUGAGGACUUUUGUGGAUGAAACACCUAAAGUGUCAGGUAUAAGAAAGAUUACUGCACCAGAUUUUUGUACAUUUCAAUUACAAAUGGACAAGGGUUUAUUGGUGACAACCACCGUAAACAACCAUUUACCAGGCCCUUGUUUCAAUCAAGAGAUUUAUGUUUGCAGCAAAAAAGGUUACUUGGUGGUGCGAGGAGGAGACUUGCAUGGGAAACUGCACAAGAUUAAUACAAAAAAUAUUACUGAAGAUGAAGGAAAGAGGCCUCAUGAUAAGGAAGAAGUGAUUUAUGUUGAUGUUGAAGAUUUAAGUUGUGCUUCUAGUGUAGUUCCAAAACCAUAUAUAAAAGGUCUUUGUAAAAUGAUUAGCGCCUUGAAAGAGGCAUUUUUGCCAGUCAAAGAACAAAUGGAUUGGGUGAAAGAGCCAGUGAGGGCUGCGGCAACAUUUGAAGACGGGCAGAGAGUCCAGGCUACUAUGGAGGCUCUACGGCAAUCAAAUGAAGAUGGCUGUUGGACUACAGUACACCUGUUGACGGAGCCACCUGACCCAAACCCAGCUUUAUCUGCUGCCGUGAGACGCACCGCCAUAUCAUUGCAAUAGUUUAGUUAAUUAACCAUUUAAAGAAAUGCCAUGAGUUGUGUACCUUAAUUUUUUAAGUAAUCCUGAUUUAGACUGAAUAAUAAAAUGAAAGUCAGUAUUGUACUAUUUGUAUCUUGUAAUGUAGUAUUUUGUAUUGUAAUUUUUCAAUGUUUUUAAUAAUUUAUAAUGCACAAUCUCUGUUUAUUAUAAUUAUUAUUAUUUUAUUGGUUUUGCACCUUGCUUUUGUGUUAAUUUAUUUUUCUUAUUAUAAAUCAGCUUUUUUCAUGAUGUAUAAAAAAAAAUAACUAGUAACUAGGUAUUUCUGAAGACUAUAAAAAGCAUACUUUGUGUAAAAUUCUUGAUGUGUCCUUUGUGCAACCAAAAGUAUGAUCCGAGAAAUAGUUUAGGGUGUGCCUCAAAAUGUGUUAAGAGGAAUACCAACUUCAAUAUAAAUCCUAAGUAACACAGGCUUUAAUUAAUUUUUUUUAUUGAUAAUUGUACCUAAUAUAUAUUUUUUAUAAUACAUCCCAUAAAUAAAAGGUGUCAUUGAUGUA